UUGAAGGCGGCAUUUCGAAGUGGUUGUUUCGUUUCCGAGGUGGAAGGUUAUGAUUUGGGUUACAAAUUUCAAGAGCCUUUUGAUAGUGGCAAUAAUUCCACAUCUUUUCAACUGUGUGUCCGCCUGUCAAACGAAUCAAGCUGCUCAUAUCAGUUUGAUAAAAAAGAUCGGGGGACUUCGUUUCCCUAAUUCUAGGUUUAUUCAAUAUCUCAUGUAUAAUGUGGAUCGUGGUUGUUUUGUUUUGGAAAACCCAUACAAAAAUAUUCAACAGUCAAUUGGCUCUGGUGGCAUCAUUCUUGCCCCUAGUGUGCAUGCACGUAUUCUGAGUGCGUUAGCUACAAACACAAAGCGUAAUCCACGUGCUUUAGUUAUUGGGUCAGGCAGUGGAUACCUCACAGCAGCUCUGUCGAUUUUGACUGGUUACACUGGUGUCACUUUUUCAACUCAACCUAGCAAGCCAUUAACUGAUCUGGCUAAGAACAAUGUUAAAAAUUGGCUGAAACAUAAUAAUUUAGGUGUUAAAUUCGGUUUAGAAUUGGGAAAACAAAUAAUAUUUACAUCCGAUGGUGAUAAAACUGCUUGGUCAACAAAUGGACCGUAUGAUUUUAUUUUUGUUCGUACAAAGGAUGGUUCUGUUGUGCCUGAAUUGAAAAAACUGCUGAAACGCGAUGGUCGUCUAGUUUGUUUGCAGGGACCUGAUUGGGGAAAACAGAAAUUGUAUCUCAUACUUUAUUCGCAUUAUGGUAUCUAUCAGGAGUCAUUUUUGAUGAAUGUCGAAUAUAAUGCACCUCCUGACAAACAGCCACCAGCUGCACCUACGCCAGCGCCUCCAGCGAAGCCUAAAGAAGAAACUAAAGAUGAAUCUAAAGAAGAAACUAAAGAUGAAUCUAAAGAAACCAGUGAUGUGCCUAAAAGAGAUACUAUUUAUGUGCCUAAAGUAGAAAGUACUGAUGUAGCUGAAGAAUACAUGAUUGAUGCAUAUGCAGAAGAACCGUUUUUUGAACCUGGGUAA